AUGGGCUACGACAACGAGUCGAGCGACGACGAGGAAUAUGUGUGGGUGGCGGCGGGCAAGCGGCGGGCCCGCGGCGGGCCACUGCGCACGUGUACCAUUACUACCAAUCCCUCAAAGUCUUUCCGCUCCGGCCGUUCCAGUUCUGCUCCACCAUCAUCAUCUCGGCGAACUCGUCCUUCCCUCGCACAGGGAUCUCUUCUCCAACCCAGCAUGCUCGCUGCCCACACUGUCGAUCUCCCUUUUGACGACGACGAUUGGGUCGCUCCUCCACCAACCGACAGACUAUAUCGAGCAGCCAGUGUGGGCAACAGUUGGGGCGUCACGUCAUUUGGUCGCGGUUUCGACUGGAAAAAGAAGGACGAGGAGCUACAAUCGCCUGCGCGACACCAGGGAUUGCAGUUAUCAGCUGAGCCCCAGAUCCUCAGCAAAGACACUCCCCCAUUUCUGCGUGCUCGUCCCACUCGACUGAGUACUGUCGCAGUUGCAAAACCUAAGGCUACCACACCGCCACCCGCCGUUCCCAAAUCAAAUCGCUCUCCCAUCUUCGGCAGCUUUAUUUCUGGGCCUCUAACACAUUCACCCAUGUCAUCUCGCCCAGCCUCACCUCCCAUAACAUCAUCUCCUCAACCAAUGUCCCCAGCCGAACUCGCAGAUUCAUCCAUUCCCACGACUCUGUCACGAUCUCCGUCAUCACCACGGUUAUCCACUCCCUCUCGUCGCCGCUCUUCUCAGCAGCGUGUGUCUCUUAUUGCCGGUCGUGUCUCGAUUGUACAGGUCGAGCCACCAUCACCCCCGCCUAACGCUCCACAGAAACUUGUGCGCACAAAUAGCUCGCGCAGUUUUCUGAGCGUAGCCUCGAGCACCGGUCCUCCAACGCCUAGCUCAGAAGCUGUAGAACAGCUUAGCGAGCGUAGCAUCUCCGAGUUUGUGGUUGAGAAGGAGAUUGGUAGAGGUGCGUAUGGUCUUGUGAAGAGAGCAAGAGAGAUGCAGGACGAUGGGACAUUAGGGCCUCCAUUGGUGAUUAAGCAGAUCAUCAAGUCGCGCAUAUUGGCGGAUUGCUGGAAACGACAUCCGAAGUACGGCACGAUACCAAUUGAGAUCUACGUCAUGUCUGCUAUCUCUUCCACCCAAUAUGUCUUACCUCCUCGUCGGCCCUGGGAUCCAUCACGAUUAUUGCCAGAGCCCGAUGAUUCCUGGGUGGAAGGCAAGGUCGUGAGCGGACAUCCGAACAUCUGCCCUCUUCUCGAUUUCUUCGAGGACAACCACUAUUAUUAUCUGGUGCUACCCUCGACCACCCCUGAGCCGAAGGACGGCGAGCCACCACCGCCCUCGGACUUGUUCGAUCUCGUCGAAAGCUACCCGCACGGCUUGCCCCCGAGUUGUAUUAGAAGCUACCUUGGUCAAAUUGCAGACGCGAUGUGUUUUUUACAUUUGAAAGGAAUUGUACAUCGCGAUAUUAAAGACGAGAAUGUUGUUAUUGGACCUGCAGGCAGGUGUGUUUUGAUCGACUUCGGAAGCUCCGGCCUCGUGAAGAAGGGGGGAUGGGAUACUUUCAGCGGAACCCUUGAUUACGCUGGACCUGAGAUUCUGCGGGGAGAGCGCUACAGCGGCCCUGAGCAAGAUGUUUGGGCAUUCGGAGUGGUAGCCUAUGUGAUGCUCGUCGGGGAAUGUCCGUUCACAACGGCCGCAGAAGCUCAAGAAGGCCUGGAGUCUCCUUUUGCCAAUGCGGCAAUAGCACUCGACGAACGAUGCGGGGAAGGUAAGGAGCGUGAAGGGGAAGAAAAGGACGGCGGAGGGGCGCUGGGGGAUGCCGCCGCGCUGGUUCGGGCUUGCUUGCAAGUGGAUGUCAGCGCACGGCCUUCAUUCCAAACGAUAUUGCAGAGUCGAUUUUUGUGCGGGCAUGAGGGCUGGGGGUUGGAAGAGUGA